AUGGUUCUGGCGUUGAUGAUGCCAACAGUCGGGAAUGCAGUAGGUACCGGUGAAGAAUUAGAUUUACGGCUGUACAGCCCGCUUGACCAAAAAUGUCUAGGAGGUCUCGCAGCACAUAGAGAAGGGUGCGUAAGAAGAGGAGGAGGAAGCGGCUCAGAGGAGGAAGGGUAUAGUGCUAUCAUCGAAAUUGAUCUGCAUGCAACAACGACGGACGAGGCUUUGGCGAAGUCGACAGUCGGCCAACUUCCGUCGCUUCAACGCGUGACCCUCGUCCGGUUCGUCAUGGAUCUGUCGGAGCUGGAUGGUGGUUGCGGUAGUGAGAAACCCAGGGAAGCGCAUCAGCGAGAACUGAGGUUUGAACAAAGAGCCAACAGGCUUGCGCCUUGCGCGGUUGGCGGUGAUCAUUCUGGGCCGCUGGCGCUCGGAUAUUUCCUCGUAACGCCCACCUUCGUCCUUUGGAUGCGGAUCGUGAUUUCUCAAAAGAACUCUUUACCGUUCUCAUGCCAAUUCAUAAGGAAGGGCGGUAGACUUCCCUUAAGCCCUGCAGCGUGCUACUCCAUGGCGGUUCAGCUGCAAUUCUGGUCGCAAUAUCGUGCGGUCUCACCUCACAGACAUGCGAUCCAGAGCAGCCGCCAUCCUUCACCCGCAACACCGAGCUCCAAUUACCUGAGCUUCUCUAUUCCUUCCAGCCCAACAUAUCCGAAGCAGGAUGUUCAGCGUUACCUCACGUCCUCUCAGCUCUCGUGUUCGUCAUUUGAUGCCGUGGCGUUGCUGCCAGAUUCGCAACGACCAAUUAUCCUUAAGAGGAUCCCCACUGUCUUCUGUCGAACACCCUUCACCACCAUUGCCGACUACCCAGCAGCCGCAGACCAGUCGGCACAUCGACCUUCGAAAAAACCACCGCUUUUGACCACCUCCCACAAGGCGCCCACCUCUUCGUCAUCGACCGAACGGCAGACGACCCAUAUGGCCCGUUCAUUCUUGCAGAUUGCUGUUUCGGUAGUCUGGACGAGGGGUUCGACGAGGAUCCUGGAUACGAAGAUCUGA